CUUGCUCUCUCUCUCUUAGUCUCUUCCUCGCUUGACGCGUACUCACGAAUCGAUUCUGUAUUUCUGUUCUGCUGAUUGAAAUCUCAAAUCACCACAUUCGAUUGACGAUUCUAGAAGUACCGAGUACGAACUGUUGAUUGAAAUCACCAGUUCACCACUGUCGGCACUCGGUAGUCGACUCUCGCCUCUCCCUCUCGCUCUCGCUCUCUCGACUCUCGACCGCUCAAAAUCUGAUGACUUGUGACUUGUGAGAAUCUGCAUGUACUGAAAAUGGCGAAGAGCUUCACUCUCAUCCAAACGGUUGCAACCGCCGGACUCUUUUCUGCCGUCUCCUUCUGGUAUGGAUUCAUGUUCGGCAGAGAAUCUUCUCGGAAGCAAUUAGUCGAUAUAAUCACAGAUCUUCGUGGCAAAUCUCCUGAUUCUUCGUCUUCCACACCUCCACAAUCUUAAUUGAAAGCUGAAACUGCUUGACAGCAAAAAUGCAGUAUGAGUCCAUAUAGCGCCAGUGUCCUAUUAAUAUAAAAGCAAUUUCGCACUGAUCUCUCGAUUUAGGAUCCAGUUGGAGAUGUCAUGGAUUAUUAUUUGAGGAGAUCCUUCUGAUUUUCUUUUCAUUUCUGAACUUAGAUGGAGUGACAGACAGUUAUUCAAAUAAUGGUAGAUUACUUGAUUUGUAGUUGGAAACUUGAAACUGUGUAGAAAUUAGUCUUCUUUAGCGCUUCUCUUUCCUUUGUUCUUUUGAAGCAUUGGAAGAAAUAUGUGGGCUUGAUUUUAUUUUGACCCCAUUUAAUAGUAUCCAGUUUGCAAAUGAAGGUGGUUUUGUCUGAGACAUGCCAAUAUGCUUAAUAUGCUAAAUGCCAAUGGUAUUAUCACUUGUUUGUGACUUUUGAUUAAUCAGAACGGAUAGGCGCUUUGUUCCAGUUCUAAUGGAUGUUAGAAGAGUUGUUGAGGAGAUAGAAUUAUCAUUUUGUGUUUAUUAUUUGUUUCAUGCAUGGAGUGGCAUGUGUAGUACCUUCCCGAAUGCUUAAAUUCAUUUUAUUUAUCAUUUAUGAUGAGUUCAUGUUGCUAAUGAACUCUUGAAUAUAUUCCUUAUGGAAGAUGAAUGCUGUUUAUGGAAGAAUAUUAUAUCCCUAUUCGUGAGGGGAAGUUGGUGGAAUUACAUGGAUCAUGUGUGUGUAGAGACAUCAUCUGAAAGUAGUAUUUAUGUAAAUGUAUCUGUAAGACGAUAUUUAUUGUUAUCACUAUAACCAUUAAUUGUCUUUCUGUUGGGUUUCAUUUGUUGUUAU